UUCCCCUUUACAACAGCCCACAAGCAUAAUGAUAUCUUGUCUCUAACUACUAAAAAUUGUUAUGUGUGUUGUUUCAAUUUUUCGAUUGCAUACAAUUUUUUUUUAAACAAGCUCAUGUUUUUUGUGUGAAAAAUUUUGCAAACAUAAAUAAUUUGUGUGAAAAUUUAUUGUGUGAAGUGUGGUAAAACACUUUCUGUAGUGCAGCAAAAAAUAAAACGUUUUUUGAAUGUGUGGAGUUUCCAUCCAUCAUAUAAUUCGUAUCCCAAUCCUAUCUAAUCGAUUAAAUUUUUGUAGUUUGACAUAAAGAUGUUGUUGUUAGCAUAACUAUCUUAAAAAUUAAGUUUUGAGAAUCUUUAUCCAAAAAACAUAAUGCAGCAUAAUUUGAGAUUAAACAGAUGUUGCUACAUUCACACAAAUUGGUAUCAUUAUUAUUAAUACAACAACGUCAUCGUUAUUAUCAUCGUAGUGAAGUGAAUAUAGUAGUAAAUACGAACGUUGUUCUUAGUGGUAGUAACAGAUUACAACAUAGGAUCGUAGCCGUAGCAACUGAAAUACGGUAGCAUCUACUUAGUUUCCUAUUAUAAUAUUAUAGCUUCACAUAACAAGAAGCAGCAACGCCUGAAAACAUUUUCUGGUAUAUCAAUUUAAUAAUAAUCAGCAAACACCAACAAACGAUUUCAAAUUAAAAACAAAACAUAAUUAUUCUUCAUCAUUAUGGACCGAUCUUGACACAAGAAGAAUAAAACAUACCAAAACAAAACAAAACCCAAAAACGAAUCUGCAACACACACCAUUGUUAUUUGUUAUUGUGACUACGACUAAAGUGUUAUUAAAAAAAAAAAUACGUGCGUGUGAUUGAACUUUGUUUUUAGCCUGAAAGCUUCUUUCUCAUUACAAAAAAUUUUCAAUAAAUAUGUUGUGUUGUUAAAACCAAAAAAAUUUCCACCAAAAAUAUUUAUGCCGAAACUAAUAUUAAUUGUGUGAAUUUCUGUUUAAACACGUUCCUAAAUAAGAAAAAUUUGUUGGUAAAAUUAACAAUAACACGUGUAUUUAAAUAUAUACGCGAGCACCGGAACGGUAUGUCUCGGCUCGCUACAUUGUUUUACACCGUUGAGGUGGGUGACACGAAAUUCACGAUCUUAAAACGUUAUCAAAAUUUGAAACCGAUUGGUUCUGGUGCUCAAGGAAUUGUGUGUGCGGCAUACGAUACAAUAACACAGCAAAAUGUGGCAAUAAAAAAACUAAGUAGGCCUUUUCAAAAUGUAACACAUGCGAAAAGGGCGUACCGAGAAUUCAAAUUAAUGAAAUUAGUAAAUCAUAAAAAUAUAAUUGGAUUAUUAAAUGCGUUUACUCCACAAAGAUCAUUAGAAGAAUUUCAAGAUGUGUACCUGGUAAUGGAAUUAAUGGAUGCAAAUUUGUGUCAAGUAAUCCAAAUGGAUUUAGAUCAUGAGCGUAUGAGUUAUUUAUUAUAUCAAAUGCUUUGUGGAAUAAAACAUCUACAUUCGGCAGGAAUUAUUCAUAGAGAUCUCAAACCUAGUAAUAUUGUAGUUAAAUCAGAUUGUACACUAAAAAUAUUAGAUUUUGGAUUAGCACGAACAGCCGGUACAACAUUCAUGAUGACACCGUAUGUUGUAACGCGAUAUUAUCGGGCGCCAGAAGUUAUUUUAGGUAUGGGUUAUACUGAGAAUGUGGAUAUAUGGUCGGUUGGAUGUAUUAUGGGUGAAAUGAUACGUGGUGGUGUAUUAUUUCCUGGUACUGAUCAUAUUGAUCAAUGGAAUAAGAUUAUAGAACAAUUAGGAACGCCAUCACAACAAUUUAUGUCACGUUUACAACCAACUGUACGCAACUAUGUGGAGAAUCGACCACGUUAUCCUGGUUAUACAUUUGAAAGACUUUUCCCUGAUGUAUUAUUUCCAUCAGAUAGCUCAGAACAUAAUCGAUUAAAAGCAAGUCAAGCCCGAGACUUAUUAUCACGUAUGUUGGUGAUUGAUCCAGAACGAAGAAUUAGUGUUGAUGAUGCUUUAUUACACCCAUAUAUAAAUGUAUGGUACGAUGAAGGUGAAGUUAAUGCGCCUGCUGCCGGGCCUUACGAUCAUAGUGUCGAUGAACGUGAGCAUACUGUUGAACAAUGGAAGGAGUUAAUUUAUCAAGAAGUAAUGGAAUAUGAGAGCAGUCAUGGUGGUGCAACAGCACCAUCACCAAAUGCAACUAACUCAACAGAACCCACGAAUUCAUCGGGUGCAGAGAAUAAUGGAAUGCGGUAGAAAAUAUAUACAUAAUCUAAAUUGCAUUUAAAUUUAAUAAGAAUUAAAAUUCCAAUAUAGCAAAAAAAAAAUCAACUAGUAAAUAAUUUAAAAACAAUUUUAAUAAAAUAAUAAAUACAACAAUAAUCUUCAAACAAAAAAUCUACGCGCCUGUGUAUUAUAUUAAAUAAUAUUUCAAAAGAAGACCAUAAUUAAUAAGAACAAUGAAAAUGUAUGUUUUUUCAAGCGAAUAUCACCAUAUAAAAAAUAUAUUCCCCCUGGAAACAACAAAAACACACGUGUGUUCUUCAAAUCACAAAUAAUAUUCAUAGAACAUGUUAUCAAAAGCGUACAUGGAAAAACCAAAAUCGAUGAAAUGAAAGGAAAAUCAAUCGAUGAGAUAUCAGAGAAAAACACACACAUAAAACCGCUUUGUUAAAAUGUUCUUUAUACAACACAAAACAACUGCUAAUAUUUACAACAAAUCGUCCGAUAUUUUAAAUCCAAAGAAACUAGUGUGAACUGCUUUUUAUUUUUUAUUUACAAAUUUAAAUAAAGAAAUAAAAUAAUAAUGAAUAAACAAAAAUACAAGUUAAAUAUUUAUAUAAAAAUUAAGUGUUUAGUAGCAAUUAUUAUUGUCUAUUUAAUCAAUUCAUUCAUUAUUUAAUUAUACAGUCAAAAAUCGGAUAUAACGACGAUCCUUAUAACUGUUGACGGUCGUUGCCAGUGCCAGAUUUGAUGAUGGCGCCCGCCCUAGGCCCAAGGCAUCGUUACAAAAAAGGUAUGAUGCCUUUUUUGUAACGAAUCAUCGACGGGUUUCGAUAACAAUUUUUAAAAUUAAAAUCAACAAUUUAACCUAAACUUUUUUGUAAAUAAUGUACAAAAUAGUAAAUUUUGAUCGCUUUAGAUGACUAACCAUUGACGGGUUAACCAUUGGGCAGAGUAGGUAGUGGCUUAUAAGCCCCGGGGAAUGGUUAAAAGAGAAAAAGACAAAUUUGUAGGAAAAAGGCGUCAAGUUAAUUUACAAAGAGUAAAAAAAAUAGAGAGGAGAGACAAAUUUUUAUGAAAAGGAUACCACACAAGGGGAAGGGUCCCAAUUUAAUUUAUGAAGUCUAAGAAAAAAACGAUGCUAUCUAGGGCCUCGGAGAAUUGCAUUGCCUAUAAGCCCUAGCAUGGGUUAAUCUGACAUUGAAUUCAUCGUAAUUACCGAUUCGUCAUUAUAAGCGAUGUUGUUAUAACCGAUUUUGACUGUAGUUAUUAAAUAGAUUGUGUGUGAGA